AUGUGGCUUCUCAGCACGGACCGUGCAGAGCUCCACUACUUCGUCUCCGCUGAAGUCGUGCCCGGAGGCUACGCUAUCCUCUCCCACGUCUGGACCAACGACGAGACCCAGUUCUACGAUAUUCGUGCCGUCGAAACACGCUGCAAAGAAACCGGAGAAAACCCGCGCGACUUCGUCUCCUCCAAGAUCCGCGAAUUCUGCAUUCUUUCCGCGAAGCACGGUUAUACUUUCGCAUGGGCAGACACUUGCUGCAUUGACAAGUCGAGUUCCGCCGAACUCUCGGAGGCGAUCAACUCGAUGUUCCACUACUACUCCCUCGCCGGUGUUUGCUACGCCUACCUUUCCGACGUCGCGGCCAAGGAUGGAAAGCUCGAUCACAGCGCAUUCUAUAAGAGCCGCUGGCACACCCGCGGAUGGACGCUCCAGGAGCUCCUCGCACCACGUCUCCUUCUCUUCCUUUCGCGAGAUUGGGAGGUGCUAGGGUCCAAGGCCGAGCUAGCCGAGCCCCUGGGGAGCGCGACGGCGAUACCAUUGAGCAUCCUACGCUUUGAGGAGGAGAUACAGGACGUCAGCAUCGCACAGCGGAUGUCUUGGGCAAGUCGAAGAGUAACGACGCGGAUUGAAGACGAAGCGUACUGCCUGAUGGGGAUCUUCGAUAUCAACAUGCCGAUGCUGUAUGGCGAGGGCCGGAAGGCGUUCCAGAGGCUGCAAGAGGAGAUCAUGCGGACGUCGACGGACACCUCUUUAUUCGCGUGGGGCCGUUUCACUAACUCAUAUAACCUCGCGCCACGCAACGAAGAGCACGAUCACUUUUCGCCGUCGUCCUACCUAUUGGCGCCGAGCCCUGGUAGCUUCGUCGACAGCCAUUCAGUGAAGUUUGAGCCUCACGCCGACUUUCCAGUCAAACAGCGUGCCAUCACAUUUUCCAUUACUCCCUCUGGCGUGCUCGCCCACAUACCCAUCUUGGUGCUCCGCAACUACACUAUCGCCUUCCUCUCCUGCGCCGACCCUAUAUUGGGGCCUCUCGGCCUCUUCAUCACGUCCUGCCCAUUCGCCGCAGAUCGCGCCCGCCCGCCCUUCCACACCUCCAUCAACACCGUGGAUUACCCGUGUCGGCUCCUUUCGCUCGCCGCAGAGGUUCUCCAUCCCCUCCGGGCGCUGCUGGGCCUCUCCUCGGCGUCCAAGGGAUGGGAGUGGGCAAACGUACUCUUCGCACACCCCAUCCCGCUCAACACCGAAGCUCCCCGCCGAGCGCUCACACAGCUGAACGCGUCCCUCGCGGCGCCGUUCCGCAUGCCUGACGCCUCGCUCCACGCAUGCGGAGCAGAAGGCACGCGGCUUGUGAGUAUCCGCAGGAGCGGAGACGUCGUGGGGCUCCAGUUCGAAUAUAGAAAGACGCGACCCCCGGCGCUCGAGGUGAUCGUACGGCUAGGACUAUGUCUGCAGGGAAGAGACCGCCGGGGCACUGGUACCACUUCUGCGGCUGGUCCCAGCGCUUCAAACUGCCACUGGGCGACGCUGCAUUUCCUCUCAGAUGGGAGCCUGGAGGAUAUUUUGGAGAAAUCUCUGGAGAAGCACAAGCACAAGAGUGCUGAGUCGCGAGUCCGACGUGAUGCGAGAAACAUAACCGGAAACCUGCAGUAA